AUGGGACUUCGUAAACGAAGAUCAGUCACCCUGAACGACUCCUGGCUCUACCGCGUGCCAUGGCCAAUCGGGCGCAGAGAUAUGCGAGUAGCGGCCGUCGAGGCAUUACCCGACCGCACGGAUAAAAGGGCGAUCAGAGCGGAGACUCGCGGCAUCUGCUCCCCCAAGAGCAGAAUUCCCCCCAUCAUCCUGCGUGACAGCAAGAGGUCGCCAGAAGUCUCGUCCAGAAUGAGAGACAAACCAAUUCAGCCACAGUCCGCGCUAUCGCUAGCAUCCCUUGUGCAACGUUUCGCAACGUUUUCCAUCGGCUACGCUGCUUUUUUCAAAGCGAUUAGCUCUGUCAGUGCCACCAUGGCGCAGGCAGGGGCCCCAGGAGAUGCCAUGCUGUCGAGAAUCUUGGCCAUCGUGUCCAGGAUGGAGGCAGCAUUGAAGAAGCAUGCCAGAAGGAUCUCGAGGAUCGAGAAGAAAAUGGAGGAGGUCUACACCCCGGCCGAGACCUCCACCGACGAUGACACCUCGGACUCGGACGAGUCCAUGGACAUCACGUCCGAAGAGGCCCCCCUGGAGUCCCCCUUCGAGGAGGUCCCCACCGCCAGAGCUGGCGCAAAGAGGCCAGCCACCCCCACCCCCCAGCCAGUCUUCACGACUGGCAAUAUGUUCUCCGCCCUUAGCGGCGAGGAGCAAGCCCCCACGCCUUCCACUUCGGCCAAAAAGCCGAAAAUUGCGUCUCCGCCCCCGACCGUGAAGCCCAAGCCACCAGCCAAGCCCGCGGCCACGGAGAAGCCAGCCCCAUCUGCUGCUGGCAAGAAGCAGCAGAAAAAUGCCAAGCCCCAGACAGCCCCCCAUGCUGCCAAGCAGCAAAAGAAGCCCCAGCCCCAGCCCCCGGCAGGCCCAAGCCGGGACACCGCCAGGGCCAAGCCCGCCACCACCGCCGAGACCACCCCGGUCGUCGACGAGACCCCCGCCGAGCCCCGGCCCGAGCCCCAGGAGGAGACCAUGGAGACGGAGGUCCCCGUGGUGACACCACGUCCCCCAACCACCCCGAAAAGCAGGAUUCCGCCCAUAAUCCUGCGGGACGGCCAGAGAUGGUCAGAAGUUUCGCGUCGGAUGACGGAUAACUCCAUCCGGUAUUCGAAGGCGAAAUCCACCCCGGAAGGGGUGCGCAUUCAGCCGGUCGAGGUGAGCGACUUCAGAAGCCUGGUAAGACUUCUGGACAACAUGAAGGUGCAGUAUCACACCUUCACGCUCCCGGAGGAGAAAACUCUCCGCGUAGUCAUCCGCGGCAUCGCCGUAGGAGUUGCCAGCCAGGAGGUGUUGGAAGACCUGGAGUCUCUGGGUCUCCAACCAAUUCAGGUCAGUCGGAUGAGCCGAAACGACCGCCCGAUGCCCCUCGUCCUCGCCGAGAUGCCUAUGGCCAAGAAGGCCGAAGUUUUCGAGGUGAAGACACUUUGCGGCCUCUCCGUCAAGGUGGAGAAGCCCCAUAAGAGGAAGGAUGCUGCCCAGUGCCACCGCUGCCAGCGGUUCCACCACUCCCAGCGGAACUGCAGGGCCGAACACCGUUGCGUCAAGUGCGGCGCCGAUCACCAGACCAGCGACUGCGAGAAGCAACGCAGGCAGCCCGCGAAAUGCGCGAAUUGUAGCGGGCCACACCCGGCCAGCUACAAGGGGUGUCCCAAGUUCCCCAAAUCGCAGCAACAGAAGGCUUCCAAGAAGCCUCCCACAUCGUCCAAGACGACCGCCCCCAGGACCGCCGCCCCCAAACGCGGUGCCCUCCCCAAGGCCACCCCAAAACCCAAACCCGCUCCCGUUCCCAAGAAGGUCGCCCUCACGGCUCGCCAACAGGCCGACCUGCAGCUCCAGAAGACCCAACUGAUGACCGCCAUCGCCGCCGCCAAGGACUCGCAGUCCAUGGCGGAGAAAAUGGCGGCAUUCCUUCCCCUCCUUUUUAAAAAUUAG